AGAGCUGAACGCGAGACUCGUCAAGGAUCAUCUAUACAGCAGCAGCAGCGAGGAACGUCCCUCACCGAGCGGACCGCGUGCAACGAGGCUACGCUCGUGGUCUCAAGCCGUCUCCUGCGAACCGACACACGGGCGACACUCCCCUUCUACCCUCCUCUUCCCCCCCCCGCCCCCCUUUGUACCCCCCCUCCCCUCCCCAAAAAUAAGGGGGACCUCCCCUCCCCCGGAGCUCCGCGCAUCUGAGCGAAGUUUCGUCGGCGAGUCAUCACUCAUCCCUUAUACCUUGACAGCCCCUCGCCUCUCUCUCACUGAUUGACAGCGAGGGUGGCAUAGCGCCAUAAGAUACGACAGCGGCGAAGUUGCAGGCUUCGUGUUGACUACGACUACGCAUUGCUCGCUCCGAGAGUUACGUGACAUUUUUAUAUACUUGCAAGUUUUCAAGGUGCUGCUGCUGCUGCUCGUGGUGGCUGGUGGUGGUGGUGGUGGGGGGUGGUUGUGGGUGAGCAACAACAACAAAAAAGCGAGAGAGAAAAUUUUUACUGAACUGCAACGGCAAAAGCGAAGAGUCAUUUAAGAAGAGGAGAGAGAAAGAGAGAAGAGAGGAAAGAAAAGGGGGGCUGAAAGUAUUGUUGUUGCUGAAGACGGCACGGCGAAGAAAGCAAGACUUUAGCGGCGAGCGAGUGUCGGGGAUUUCUCGUUGCUAUUAAUUGACGCCGUCGUUGUUGACGCUGCCGCUGGUGUUGUUGUCGGAUAUACUGCGCUACAACAGCGAGCCUACAACUGCCCGAUGGCGCAACGGUACGAUGAUCUGCCGCAUUCGCAUUAUGGGGCGAUGGACGGCGUGGGCUCCAUGUACGGCGAGCCGCACGCACCUAGACCCAUGCAGCCGGUGCCGCACCUCAACCACGGCCCGCCGCUCCACCAGUACCCGCACAGCACCCACGCCGGCGUUAUGGCCGGCUCCAUGGGCUCAGCUGUCAACGACGCGCUCAAGAGGGAUAAGGACUCGAUUUACGGCCACCCGCUCUUCCCGCUGCUGGCGCUCGUGUUUGAGAAGUGCGAGCUGGCGACCUGCACGCCGCGGGAGCCCGGUGUGGCUGGCGGAGACGUUUGCUCGUCAGACUCGUUCAAUGAAGACAUAGCCGUGUUCGCAAAACAGGUUUGCGACGAGGUGCGGGCAGAGAAGCCUCUGUUCUCAUCAAACCCAGAGCUCGACAACUUGAUGAUAUUAGCCAUUCAAGUAUUAAGAUUUCACCUCAUGGAGCUCGAGAAGGUACACGAACUGUGCGACAAUUUCUGCCACCGGUACAUCAGCUGCCUGAAGGGCAAGAUGCCGAUAGACCUGGUGAUCGACGAACGAGACGGCAACACCAAAGUGGACGACGAACUCUCCGGAUCAUCUUCGGGCACUCUGGCCGACCAGAACCCGGUAUCCUGGUCGCGGGAGCACGAGGACACGGGCACGACGCACUCCACCGGUGGGACGCCGGGCCCUUCCAGCGGAGGACAUGCCUCCCAGAGCGGCGACAACUGCAGUGAGCCAGGGGAUGGGAUGGACAACAGUGUAGCCUCCGAGGGCACGGGAGACGAUGACGAUCCGGACAAGGACAAGAAGAGGCAGAAAAAACGUGGAAUCUUCCCCAAAGUUGCGACCAACAUCAUGCGCGCCUGGCUCUUCCAGCAUCUGUCGCACCCGUACCCGUCAGAAGAACAAAAGAAACAACUUGCGCAGGACACCGGAUUGACCAUAUUACAAGUCAACAACUGGUUCAUCAACGCUCGCCGUCGGAUAGUGCAGCCCAUGAUUGACCAGUCCAACCGAGCAGUGAGUCAAGGUGCCGGAUACAGUCCGGACGGGCAGCCCAUGGCUGGCUUCAUGAUGGACGGCCAGCAACACAUGGGACUAAGGGGACCUGGCCUACACGGAAUGCCGGGGGAAUACAUCACGCAAGGCGGCCUGGGGCUCGGCAUGUCGCCCGCCGGUUACACCUCACCACAGAUGGCAGCGGCGGCGGCUGCCGCCCACCACCAUCACCACCACCACCACCACCAGUCACAGCUGCACCACGGGCACGGGGCCCCCAUGCACUCCUACCUUCCCGGGCACCAUGCAUCGCAACUGCACCACGCGCCGCACCACGCCAUGAUGAUGCCGGGCGGCCACGCGUCCGGCAUGAGCAUGGCAGCGGUAGCGGCGGCGGCAGCCGCCAGCCCCACCGGCAUGAUGGGAGCUCCUGGCGAUCCCGGUUUGGUUGGGCAGGUUAUGGACAUCCACGCCCAGUAAAAAGGGAAAACUCCAACUACAAGCACGACAACUACGAAAAGAGGAAAAAGAAAAACCGUAACGCUAAUAAAAAAGAAAAAAAUAUAUAUGUAAAAAGAAUCAAACAACAAUAACAAACUUAAGAAGCAAAACAAACAAAAACUAUGUCAGGAAGAUAAAAAUGAAAAUUCCGCAGAAUGGCAGACGAAGCUAAACCGAACUUUUACAUGUUAUCACAGUCACCGCCAUCAAACCGACCCGCCUUUUACUACGUCGCAGAAUCAUUGUAGCCGUGACCUCAGAGAGAAUGCGGGGGAGAGAGAGAGAGAUGAUGGUGGUGGUGGUGGUGGGAAAGAGAAAGAACGAGGAGCAGGAAGACAAACCGUCGUCGAAUCGAAAUGACGCUGUCAUUUCCACAGCACAGUCUGUGCCGUGCCGAGGCUUUUUGUUGAUUUUUUUUUACCAUCCGAACUCUUUAACGCCACCAAUCCGUGAUGCACAAAGAACGGAGAGAGAGGCACCCGGCAGUCCCACUGAUGUCAUGGCAAUUUUUUUUUCUUUAUUUAUUUCUUAUUACUUUUUUGUUUAUGCUUCUUCUCAUCGAAUUGAUGUUGCUUGCAUUUUUUUUCUUUGCUGUGCUGUGACAUCGCAGUCAAAUCACAUCUCUAAAAUCGGCUUGGCAGUGUUUAUUUAAACGCAUCACAUAAGUAAAAACAACAAAUAAUAAGCAUGCUCAAUUUUAAGCAGCUUUACUUUUUAAGCCUUCACUUUGGCGCGAUUUACUGUGAUUCAAACUGUAUUUAUGGCAUCGCUGAUGCUUUUGCAAUCCUAAUCAGGCAACAUUUCUUUGCGAGCACUAUACUAAAUUCUGCGGCCAAGCAUGAAAAUUACUCGUUCUUUCUGUAGCUGCAUUUGUGAUCAUGUAACCACCAACCUCUACCCACCAUCUGCGUCCGUGAUGUUGGAGAUGCGAUCCUUCACCUUCCAGAAACUCUGUUUUGUGAUCAUGACCUCUGAACGUUAACCUCUGUUGGGCUUCCCCACCCUUUCCUCCAUUCCUGGUCUUUCCAAAGCCCCCGCCCCUCUCCACAACACAACCUCGUGGCUUCCCAUACCCUCUCUCCCCACCCAUUCACCAAGCCUCAUAAACACAGCGACUCAAUAGAAGAAUGUGAAGUCACGUGAUCAACAAACUUUUACCGUUUAUUUCCAUUCACGUUUAAACGCUCUCUGCGCAACACACACACACAUCACCAUCACCAACAUCAGCCGUGAUCAAUUUAGUGCUGGAUUAAGGCCUCGCCACAACCGUCGCCAUCUCUCAUGGCCCCCACGACACAACAAUGUCAUCUUAUAUAUCAUGCUAGAUAUGUGGUCAUGCACAGCCCAUCAUUUGUUCAUAUCGUUUCGUCUAACUGCAAUUCAAAUGCAUUACAUUUGUUUAACUUUUGCAUGAGACAUUUACAAAAAAAAUGUUAGUUUUUUUCGUUGGAAAUUGGAAAUAUAAUUUUAUUUUCUUGGCACAUUUUAGGGGACCUGUAUUUGUUUUUUUUCAUAUGGAAUUCGUUCAGUGUUCUGAUGAAGAGGCAGGCUAACGCUAACAUUUCUGUAACUAAGCUGCGGUCAAGGGUUAAAGUCAACGACCAUUACGUUUGUGUUUAGACAGAGGUGAGUGACCUAAUUAGGAAUUUUGUCUGCCAAUUGCGUGCAGACCACCUUGCAUAAAAUGCAUACCUACCUACCCGCGAGAAGCCCUCUGUUUUGAAAAGGGGUCCAAUAGGAUGAUAGCGAGGAAUUUCAAAUUCCUGCAGGGAGCUAUAUAGGAUUCGUUUAGAAUUCCUACCGAUUUUAUUUCUGUGUCUUAUGGAAUCCAGUGGGAUUUUUCAUUUCUUUUGUCAGGGAACAAUAUUAUUAUUACGUGGAUUAUUACUACACUAAUGUGAGUUUGUUUCUUUUGUUUUAUUUCGUACUUCAAAUCUUAAAAAAGAAAAAAAAUCUGCGUAAGCUGUAAACUCUCACACACACACAUGGGCCGAAUGCGAUGUCUAAGCUCUUACAUAUGCACAGCACCUUGCAAAAUAAUACAACACGAAACCCGAGGAAUAUCAUUAUUAUUUGCUUCGACCUUUAUUUUUUUGCCUACACACCACAUCCCUAAUAUGGCGGUGCUGAUCACUCCUCUCGAACAACGUAAAGAUAAAAAAACCACGUGUGAUAAAACUAAAGUUAAGAUAAAUAAAAAAAUGAAAAAAAUAUAUAAAUAUAUUAUGGCUGGAUUGAUAUCAUUUUGUAACCGGUAAAGUCAAAGACUUUUAAUGUCCUGUCACUUUUGGACUGCACUUAAUGCCCUCUUUAAUGCUUAGAUACACGUAAUGUACAGGUUUAUUUUGGAUUAGUGUUUCUAAGCUGCAUAUCCUGAUGCGUAAUAAAACGGACUGUGAAGUGUCAACUGUGUUAAUUUGCAACAAACAUACAAAAAAAAUCGUCAUCAUUUUUAGAUGUUCCUAUUUGUAAAAUAUGCACAGUAUUGUAGUAGCUCUCUCUCUCUCUCUCUCGUGAUGCAUGCUGGUCUCAACCUGCCCUCUUUUCGUUAGUAACGCUCUCAGAUUGAGACCUUUAGCCGUGUCUGUUGUAUGCUUAAAUAAUAAAAAAAACACAAAAAAAACACAGAUGUCAGAAAACUUGUAAUAUUUUUGUUUUGUUCAUUUUUGUUGUCGGGCUGCUUAAAUGAU